ACUGCUCAUUUACAGAGUUUCUGUGUUUUUCACUUAGUUCUUCCUCUUCGGCUGCAGACUGUAACAUUUUGGACACUAAUGAGAUCUCGUCCUCCUCCCUAUUUCUUCAUUCAUAUCUCCAGCAGACGACUGGUGGUCUACUUCCCAGAAUCACAGCAUGCUGACAGAUGCAGCAGCAGAACGAAGAAUGGCAAGUUCCCUGACACCACUAAUACUCCUCUGAGGAACCUUGCAUUAUGUAGAAAGCCUCCAGGCUCUGUGUCACCGGCCAAGAGACAGAUCAAUGAGGUCAAGGAGACCAAGACCACUGUAAACUGUGUGACUUUCCCGCUGCCUGGAGAAGGUCCAGAGCAGCAGCUACUCAAGCCCAACGAAUGGAGCUACUGCGAUUAUUUCUGGGCCGACAAGAAGGACCCCCAGGGGACCACCCAUGUGACGGGCUUCGAGGUUCUCCUGCAGAAACAGCUGAAGGGAAAACAGCUGCAGAAGGAGAUGGCUGAGUUUAUUCACGAGAGGAUAAAGAUUGAGGAGGAAUACGCCAAAAACCUCUCCAAGCUGUCCCUGAGCCCGCUGGCAGCACAGGAGGAAGGGACUCUUGGAGAGGCCUGGACUCAGCUGAAGAAGAGCCUCCAUGACGAAGCUGAAGUUCACCUCAAGUUCUCUAACAAGCUGCACACAGAGGUAGAAAAACCUUUGCUGACAUUCAGAUGCGAUAACUUCAAGAAGGAUCUGAAAAAGUACGACCACCAUAUCGCUGAUCUCAGGAAGCAGCUAGCAAGUCGCUUCGCAGGCGUGGAAAAGGCUCGUAAAGCCCUCGCAGACCGGCAGAAGGAUCUGGAGGUGAAGACACAGCAGCUGGAGAUUAAACUCAGCAACAAGACAGAGGAGGACAUAAAAAAGGCGCGACGGAAAUCUACACAAGCAGGAGAUGAUCUGAUGCGCUCUUUGGAUCUCUACAAUCAAACCCAGUCCAAGUGGUUUGAAGAAAUGGUCACAACCAGCAUGGAGCUGGAGAAACUCGAGGUUGAGCGGGUUGAAUGGAUUCAGCAGCAUCUGCGUCAGUACACGACUCUGAGGCACGAAACAGACAUGUUCAACCAGAGCACGGUGGAACCGGUUGACCAGCUGCUGCAGAACGUGGAUCCAGCCAAAGACAGGGAGCUGUGGGUAAAAGAGAACAAAACCGGCGAAGUUCGACCUGUGGAUUUGGACAUAUAGACGAGCCUGACCUGAACAUCACCUGGCCUGCUUUCAGCAUCAAGACACGUCCACACAGUCCUGGAAAGUUUGUGAUUGCACUGAUCCGUGGACGGUGCAUGUUCAGACUCCUGAGCUCUACUCAUCCUCUCUGACUUUAAUCACAAGGAGGGAAAGAUUUAAUGCAGUUGGAGUCUUGGAGAAAGGAAAGGAUCAGAGUACCAGCAUGUUCCUUCAAAAUUCUACCCCUAUCAUACACAGUAUUAGCUUACUGAAUGCCAUAAAAUGUACUCUGCUGUUUAACUGUUGUAAAUUGUAUUAAAAAAAAUCCAUGUCUAUAAAUUCUUUAAUUUUAGCUUAAAUCAGCUUGUUUCCAUUUUGUGCUAACCAAACAAAAGUAAAUAAAACUUAAGCCUGUUUAUGGAUAUAACCUUUAUUUUAGAUACAGAUUCUGACACUGAAUGAGGAAUUACAAGGAAUAUGAUAUAUUUUCAUAUUUUUUCCUGGUUCAUUUCAUCGGAAAUGCAUGUUUUAAGUAUUUCACUUUUACAAUCCACGAAGAGCCGAAAACCUUUCUGCUGUCAAAAUAGUUGUUUUGUGAAGUUCAUUGAAUUUGGGGAAAGUAAUCAGUGUCCUGUAGUUGAUUUAGGCUCUUUCACAAAUACAUAAAAAUUUUCCAAAUCCAGUAACCUUUGCUGUUCGAAGCAAACCCUGCUUUGGAAUGUAAAUUUGAUUAUCCCAACAGGUGGCAGAUAAAAUUUGGAUCCAGUGUGCAGGAAAAAAAAAGGUGGUCCAAGUUACACUAAAGCACCUUUUAGUGCCUAUCAGUUUAUAUUCCUGGAAUGUCCUUGAUAUAUGUUCUCUGCAUCAGUGUAUAUUUGUAGAUACUGCUUAGAUGUAUUUUGCUGUGAAACGUUUUAGCACAUCUGCAGAUGUUCCGACCGACAAGGUGUGAUUAACACAACCUUGUUUAUUUUUGGUAAAUGUGCAGGGAAUAUUUUUUACGGCGAAGUCAAGCAGCGAAGGAAAAAAAGGAUCAAGUUGUUUGCUGACAGUUCGAUUAUGCAGCUUUAGAUUUGCUUGAUCCCGUUCCUCAAAAAUGAAAGCCCAUCAGAUCAGAGUCUGCAUGUAACGUUUGUCUUUGUGCUUAUGUGUGUGCAUUUGUCUGUUGUCUGCAACAUUUGGUUGUGAUCUGUAUGUCUCAGGUUGAUUUUCUCAUUUUAGGACAAUUACAUAACAAAUCAAAUGACAAGCCCCCCCAAAAAAUCAUUUAAUUGAAAAGUAAUAUCUGGAAUAUAAAUGUAUAAUCUCAAUUUUAUGCAACAACAAAAAAAAUGUCUUCUUCUUUAACCUUUCUUUUAGGCAAACUGUCUAACAUUUUAAUUUGGACCCAUUUAGCUACAUGUGCAGACUUUAGGUAGUGUGUUUGCUGUAGAGGUUUCAUUGUCGUGCAUCAGUGUUGUGCACUAAAUGUUGUUACGUUCCAACUAAAUGUUCCUGACAAGAGUUUGAAGAUGACGUAACGGUUGACCUUGCUGGUGAACGUUUACAUUAAACCCAGUGUUUUAUGAAUGUUUUGAUCAUAUGUGACCUCUGUCCAAAUCGUGAACUGAGGAAUGCAGUGUAAAAAUAAAUCUCCUCUUUG